AUGUAUGCAUUCGCGGGAUACGAGUUCAUUAUCCACAGGUCUACCAGCUCUCGCCAGAGUCCGGAAACCCCCAUUGCGGAUGAUUAUUGGUCUACUGGUCCUCAUCUUUAUGGGCUAUGGGGGCCGUCUGACGCCGCAGCCGAAAGAGAGCAGCGGAAGCAGGAGGAGCAGCAGCAGCAGCAGCGGAGGCAGAUGGAAGAGCAGCAGCAGGAGCUGCGGAGGCGAAUGAAGCAGCAGCAGCAGCAGCAGCAGCAGAAGCUGGGAGAGCAGCAGCAGCCGUGGAUGGAGCAGAGGCCGGUGCCAGAGACGCAGCGGCCGAUGGAGCAGAAUCGACACUCGAUGCAGAAGAGGACGCAGCAGCAGCAGCCACAGCCCCUGGCGCAGCAGCAGCCACAGCCCCUGGCGCAGCAGCAGCCACAGCCCCUGGCGCAGCCGCAGCCGCAGCCGCGGCCGCACCAGCUACGGCAGAAGCAGCAGCAGCAGCCGCAACAUGAGAUACAGCAGGAGCCACGCCAGCAGCAGGUACAGCCGACGCCGCUGCAACACCAGACACAGCAGCAGCAGCAGCCACCGCAGCCGGCGCACCAGCAGCCCCGAGUCGACAGGACUGCCAGGUCUUCUUCUGGCGACUGCUCCGAAGCCGCUGCACAGCAGAAGCAGCAGCAGCCGCAACAUAAGAUACAGCAGGAGCCACGCCAGCAGCAGGUACAGCCGACGCCGCUGCAACACCAGACACAGCAGCAGCAGCAGCCAGCCCAGCCGGCGCACCAGCAGCCCCGAGUCGACAGGACUGCCAGGUCUUCUUCUGGCGACUGCUCCGAAGCCGCUGCACAGCAGCGACACAAAAGAGGCGGACCAUUGUCGGCAUCGGGCUGGAGCACCAGUGAGAGUGGAGAAGUGAAAGUCUCAGCAGAACCUGAAGGACCUACAUCAAGUCGAUCCUUGCCGCAUCUUUGCUCUACAACGGCGCUCCCGCGCGCCGGAGAACCCACAGCAGUCGACGCCACUACGGACAGGGGCACGGCAGCUGAGAGAACGCAGGGGGACGCAGAUGCUCAGAGCGACGAUGCAUCCAUGCGUACGCGGGAGAGGGCAACAAGCAGCAGGCCCGGAGAAGACCGUGCGCCCAUACAGGCCAGCUAUGGCGCAGACGGCUCUCAGGGUGGCAGCUCCGCAGAUGAAAGACAGGGUUGUAGCUCUUCGGCGCCCCAUACACAAGCCGAAGACGCACGUGUUUCAGCGGCACCUGAUGGCGACCACACCACAGGCGGUAGAGUGUUUGCUGGUGUAUCUACAGCGGUCGGAGGUGUUGAAGCUGAAGACGCCCGCUUCGACGCGGAGUUACAGUUCGUACGAUUGAACCCCCCACGCCUAAAAACACGUAGAGUAAGUAAACGAGUACGGCAAACGGCUGACGUAUGGGCGCGCUCCGCUUCCUACGUCUGUCUUUGCGUUCGUGCCUACGUCUCGCCAUGUCCGUUCUAA